GAACUAGCCUACAAGAUUGUAGACAUGUUUAUAUAUAUCUCUGCCAGCUUGAUUUUGUGUGGCGUCAUCGCAGCAACAAGCGACUUCCCUGAUUUUCUUAUGGAAAAAGUGGAAAAUUCAAAGGAGUCGGAUGGCUCAGUUGUACGGUUUAUAGCAAAUCCUUUACCAGUGGGUGAUAAAUCAUGUCAAAUGGAAGUAAAAAUAGUAAAACAACUCAAUGGACAUUGUUCUCAAAUAGGAUUUGGAGUGAACGCCUGCGUUGCAGAUACCCACAUACAACCCUUCCAUCACGGAUGCAGCCGAUAAAUCACCGAUAAAUUUUAAAUUCGAUUCAUCAUUUAAAACGUUAUAAUAAUUUGCGAUGUAUAUUUAAAAAUAAAAAUAAUUGUCUGGAUCCAUUUGUGGCAGAGAUCGAU